CGCCUCCAUUAAUCAAAAUUCCAUACCUUUUCAAGCUCCACUGAUUGAUUAAAGACAUCCGCAGACCAGGUUUGGACUCAUUAAUUGAUGGAAAUCUCUGCUUUCCCACUCUCAGUCUCCGACGACUUCUUCUCCUUUAAUCCGCUCAGCUUCUUCCAAGAUUUUGACUUUCCAGACAGCCCCGUCUCCAAGAAGCUGAAAACCCAUGAUCCAAAUCAUCUAAUAGAGGAGAUGUCUGACUGUUUAAUGUUCUCCGAUCAAGAAAUGACCAAGACAGAGCGAAUUCCGGCGUACCCAGAUGAUGAUUUUGUGGUUCCCAGUGAUAUUUCAUCGUCCCGGCAGGGUUUCAUUGCGGAAACGGUGACUGGAAAUGGAAAGCGCGGCCGCAGUGGGUCCGCCGAGGCCGCCAGCACUUCUGGGGAGGGCGGCGGCGGAACGCCGCCGCAGAGCCAGAGGAGGCUGUGGGUGAAGCAGCGGUCCAGCGCGUGGUGGGAGCGGUGCAACAGCCCGGACUUCCCGGAGGACGAGUUCAAGAGUGCGUUCCGGAUGAGCAGAGCGACUUUCGAAUUCAUCUGUGACGAGCUGGAGCCGGCGGUGACGAAGAAGGACACGACGCUCCGCCUCGCGAUUCCGGUCCGCCACCGGGUCGCGGUUUGUAUCUGGCGGCUCGCCACCGGUGAACCGCUCCGGGAGGUCUCGAAGCGGUUCGGGCUGGGAAUCUCCACCUGCCACAAGCUCGUUCUGGAAGUCUCCGCCGCAAUAAGGACCGUUCUCAUGCCCAAAUUCCUCCAAUGGCCGGAAGAACAGAGCAUGGACAACAUCAAACGCCGGUUCGAGCACCUCACCGGAAUCCCAAACGUCGCCGGAGCAUUGUACACCACGCACAUCCCCAUCGUCUCCCCGAAGCUCUCCGCCGCCGACUACUUCAACAAGCGUCACACGGAGAGAAAUCACAAGACGUCUUACACCGUGACAGUCCAAGGCGUGGUCGACUCCACCGGAAUCUUCACCGACGUCUGCAUCGGCUGGCCGGGAUCAAUGACCGACGACAAAAUCCUCCAGAAAUCUGCGAUUUUCGACCGGGCAAAGAAGGGUCUGCUGAAGGAUCUCUGGGUCGCCGGAAAUUCAGGGCACCCACUGACGGACUGGACUCUAGUUCCCUACACUCACCAGAACCUGACAUGGGCGCAGCACGGAUUCAACGAGAAGAUCUCCGGCGCGCAGGCGGUGGCGAAGGAGGCGUUUAUGCGGCUGAAGGCGCGGUGGAGCUGCCUCCAGAGGAGGACGGAGGUGAAGCUGCAAGACCUGCCGGUGAUUCUGGGGGCGUGCUGCGUUCUGCAUAACAUCUGCGAGAUGAGAGGGGAAGAUGAACUGCGGCCGGAGUUAAGGUUCGAUCUCUACGACGACGAGGUUGUCCCGGAGAUUCCAAUUCUAUCGGCAAACGCGAUGCACGCACGUGAUCAAAUUGCUCACAAGCUUCUGCAUCACAUUGUAUAGAUUCUUUUUGCUCACAACAUUGCUUCCAUCCUAAACUUCACAAUUCUUUAUCAUCUUAAUUUAGAUAUUGAUUUUUGAGUUGCUAAUUAUUCGAAGUGAUUCAUGUAAUAGAAUUCUUUUGCUACUUAUAAAGUUGUAAGUUGAAAUAGUUACAAUAAAGGCAUUUUUUUGGCCAAACAAGUUCAAUCCAUAAGCAAUCAAACAAGUUUGAAAACAAAUUUUUAGGUUUUUAUACUCCUUUU